AUGGCUCUUUCCAAGAAAUGGGCUUCGUUAAUCUCCGUUAUCGCUUCUUCUCUCUUUGCUUUCAUCAUCGUCUUCCAGAUUCCUCUCUUCAGAGUACCGUGCAGGAACAAGAGCUGUGAAACACCAUUAGAGGUAAUGUCUUGUCACUUGAUUGGAAGUGAACUCAUUCCUUCAUAUGUUAUCAAGACACUCCUUUAUCCUGGUGCUAUUGCCAAGUCUCUUAUUGCUGGCUCUGGACUCCCCAACUACCACAAAUUGCUCAAGAUAUACGGUUUCAACGAGAUGUAUAGAUCCUCCUUUUCGACCGAUAUUCAUCAUCUAGAGGUGUUUGCUGGGAGUUGUUUAUGUCUACUUGGAGCUUUACUUAGCUUGUUCAAACCAAGAAGGAUAAGCUUCAUUGGAACGCUUUUGAUAUAUUGGGGUCUUAUCAGAGAGAUUGUUCUAUUGGACUCAGCUCAUGGUUGGAUAAGCUCGCAAAGAAACUCUGUUCGUGUCUACCUUACCCUGUUUCUCGCAUCGCUUUCUGCAUUUCUCUCCAUACGAAGCGAUGUCAGGAAGAUCAUCAGGUGUUGCAAAUCUCUCUUACUCACAAAAGAAGACUAA